UUGAUCGUGCUGCCUCCCUCAGUGAUGAUGUCACUGGCUCAGUCAGGCUCAGCAUCACUGCUCUAAGCAGCCAGCAGAGCCAUUUUGGCUUCUGCAUUACAGACAACGUCAAGUCUUCUCCUUUAAAAAGCCUCCUCCCUGAUCAAGCAGGCUCCACCGAGCAUCCAGAUACCCCUUUCCCCCUCCCUCUCCCUCAGACCUGACUCUCCAUCGGGGGAUUGAGGACACAGGAGGUUUUCUUAGAUUUGCCCCAGAACUAGACCUCUGGGAGCAAAUCAACAGAUCUAUAGUGUAGUAAAGAGCUCAGGAGACAAAUACAGCACUGUAAAGGUGGUGUGGUGUGUCUGUUGGUGUGGGCAGUGGGAGCCAUAAGUACGCGCCAUGGCGGGGGCCUCGGUGAAGGUAGCGGUGCGGGUUCGCCCCUUCAACUCACGGGAGAUGAGCAAAGAGAGCAAGUGCAUCAUACAGAUGUCAGGAAACACAACCACUAUCAUCAACCCCAAAGUACCCAAAGAAACUAAGAGCUUCAAUUUUGAUUAUUCUUACUGGUCACAUACCUCGCCAGAGGACAGCAACUAUGCGUCUCAGCAGCAAGUCUACAGGGACAUUGGUGAGGAGAUGCUGCUCCAUGCCUUUGAGGGCUACAACGUAUGCAUUUUUGCAUACGGCCAGACCGGUGCUGGCAAAUCAUAUACUAUGAUGGGCAAACAAGAAACGGACCAGCAAGGAAUAAUCCCACUGCUGUGUGAAGAUCUCUUCACCAAGAUCAAUGACAGCAAUACUGACAACAGCAUGUCUUAUUCUGUAGAGGUGAGCUAUAUGGAGAUUUACUGUGAGCGUGUACGGGACCUGCUGAACCCCAAAAACAAAGGGAACCUGCGUGUGAGAGAACACCCACUAUUAGGCCCAUAUGUGGAAGAUCUAUCCAAACUUGCUGUCAUGUCCUACAAUGACAUUCAAGACCUGAUGGACUCAGGAAAUAAGGCCAGGACUGUGGCUGCCACCAACAUGAACGAAACAAGCAGUCGUUCUCAUGCUGUCUUCAACAUCAUCUUCACACAGAGGAGGCACGAUGCAGAGACAGACAACACAUCUGAGAAGGUCAGCAAGGUCAGUCUGGUGGAUUUAGCUGGCAGUGAAAGAGCAGACUCCACUGGAGCCAAAGGCACUCGGCUCAAGGAGGGAGCAAACAUAAACAAAUCCCUCACCACACUAGGGAAAGUCAUUUCAGCAUUGGCUGAGGUGGAUUCUGGAUCAAACAAGAACAAGAAGAAAAAGAAGGUGGAAAAUUUUAUCCCAUACAGAGAUUCUGUACUUACAUGGUUGCUUCGAGAAAAUUUAGGUGGAAAUUCUCGCACUGCCAUGGUAGCUGCUCUCAGUCCUGCAGACAUCAACUAUGACGAGACUCUCAGCACACUCAGGUACGCAGACAGGGCCAAGCAGAUCCGCUGUAACGCUGUCAUUAAUGAGGACCCCAACAACCGGCUGGUGCGUGAGCUGAAGGAUGAGGUGUCACGCCUGAAAGAGCUCCUCUAUGCCCAGGGCUUGGGUGACAUCAUUGAAACAUAUCGUGGUCCAGUUGAUGACAAUGCUGGUUUGGAUUUGAAAUACUUUUCUGAUUACAAGAACAAUAACAAUACUGGCCAAGCUGUCAAUGAAAGGGGUGAUCUCUCCGCAGUGACCAAUGCCAUGACAGGGAUGAGUCCCUCCCCCUCUCUCUCCGUCCUGUCCAGUCGUGCUGGAUCCAUUAACAGCCUGCAUGACCGCAUCAUGUUCAGCCCUGGAAGUGAAGAGGCCAUUGAGAGGCUCAAGGAAACAGAGAAAAUCAUUGCUGAGCUCAAUGAAACAUGGGAGGAGAAGCUUCGCCGUACCGAGGCCAUCAGGAUGGAAAGAGAGGCCCUGCUUGCUGAGAUGGGUGUAGCCAUGAGGGAAGAUGGAGGCACUGUUGGCGUCUUUUCACCCAAAAAGACUCCUCAUCUGGUGAACUUGAAUGAAGAUCCUCUGAUGUCUGAAUGUCUCCUUUACUAUAUUAAAGAUGGAAUCACCAGGGUGGGAAGAGAGGAUGCAAUGACAAGGCAGGACAUUGUCCUCAGUGGACACUUCAUAAAGGACGAGCACUGUAUUUUCACUAGCAGUGCAGGACCUAUGGGAGAAGUCAUUCUGGAGCCGAGUGAAGGCGCUGAGACCUACGUCAAUGGGAAGAAAGUGACAGAGCCCACUGUCCUCAAAUCUGGGAACCGCAUCAUCUUGGGGAAGAGCCAUGUGUUCCGCUUCAACCACCCGGAGCAGGCGAGGCAGGAGCGGGAGAGGACUCCAUGUGCCGAGACACCGGCUGAGCCUGUGGACUGGGCCUUCGCUCAGAGAGAGCUGCUAGAGAAACAGGGCAUUGACAUGAAACAGGAGAUGGACCAGAGACUUCAGGAGCUGGAGGACCAGUACCGCAAAGAGAGGGAGGAGGUCAAUAAUCUUCUGGAGCAACAGAGACUAGAUUAUGAGAGCAAGUUGGAGGCCUUGCAAAAGCAGGUUGAUCGUUACUAUCCUGAAGCAGCAGAGGAAGAAUAUGAACCUGACGAGGAAGUGCAAUGGACUGAGAGGGAGACCGAGCUGGCGAUGUGGGCUUUCAGAAAGUGGAGGUGUUACCAGUUUACCUCUCUCAGAGACCUUCUCUGGGGCAAUGCCAUCUUCCUCAAAGAGGCCAAUGCCAUUAGUGUGGAGCUCAAAAAGAAGGUGCAGUUUCAGUUUGUGUUGCUGACCGACACACUGUACUCUCCGCUUCCUCCUGACUUACUGCCUUCCGAUGUGAAUAAAGAGCGUGAGAAAAGCCCAUUUCCCCGCACCAUUGUGGCUGUGGAGGUGCAGGACCAGAAAAAUGGAGCCACGCAUUACUGGACCCUGGAGAAGCUCAGGCAGCGUUUGGACCUGAUGAGGGAGAUGUAUGACCGAGCUGCAGAGGUUCCCAGCAGUGCCACAGAGGAGUGUGACAGUGUGCUGACAGGAGGAGACCCUUUCUACGACCGCUUCCCUUGGUUCCGCCUGGUUGGGAGCAACCUACUAUUCACCUCAUGCCUUAGUGAGCAAGCGAAAGACCCCAUCUCCUCCCCGACCCUCUCUGAUCCCACCGAGACCACUGAACCCACCGAGCUCAUCCAGUCACGGCACUGCAGGGGGCUCGGGGCAGAGCUGGACGACUUCACAGAUGAGCUCUUGUCGGAUGAGCUGUGUUCUGAGCUCGGUGAUGAAGACGAUGACGUUUAUAAGGAUGAUGAGAAGGGGCUUUGCAGAAACUCCGGCGAGGCGGAGGACCCGUUUUAUGACCGCAGUCCUUUGUUCAGUGUAGUGGGAAGGGCCUUUGUAUAUCUGAGUAAUCUGCUGUACCCUGUGCCACUGGUACAUCGAGUAGCCAUUGUGAGCGAGAAGGGUGAGGUCAAGGGUUUCCUGCGUGUAGCAGUGCAGGCAAUAUCAGCUGAUGAGGAGGCACCUGAUUAUGGCUCAGGUGUGCGGCAGUCUGGAACAGCCAAGAUCUCCUUUGAGGACCAGCAGUUUGAAAAGUUCCAAUCAGAGUCCUGCCCAGACGGUCUCUCCCGCUCUGGACUUUCCCAGGAGGAGCUGCGGAUCGUGGAGGGUGAGGGACAGAAUGCAGAGAUGGUGCCAUCUGCUGAUGAAGUCAACAACAACACCUGUGCAGCUGACCCAGAAGAUCCGGAGAGCACUGUGAAAGACGGUGUUCUGGAUGGUGCUUUGGACCACCUAAAGAUCGGAGAGCUCUUUACAUUCAGGGUCACCGUGCUCCAAGCAUCCAGCAUCUCUGCUGAGUAUGCAGACAUCUUCUGCCAGUUUAAUUUUAUCCAUCGGCAUGACGAGGCGUUUUCCACAGAGCCGCUGAAAAACACUGGGCGAGGUCCACCACUGGGCUUCUAUCAUGUGCAAAAUAUUGCAGUGGAGGUCACUAAGUCUUUUGUGGAGUACAUAAAGACCCAGCCAAUCGUGUUUGAAGUGUUUGGUCACUAUCAGAAACAGCCCUUUCCUCCACUGUGCAAGGACCUAAUCAGCCCAUUGCGUCCAUGCAGAAGACAGUUCCCAAGAGUCAUGCCUCUAUCCAAACCAGUACCUGCUACUAAACUGACGACUCUCACACGACCCACAGCCGGACCUUGCCACUGUAAAUACGACCUAAUGGUAUUAUUUGAGAUCUGCGAGCUGGAGGCCAAUGGAGACUACAUACCUGCUGCAGUGGACCACAGAGGUGGAAUGCCCUGUCAUGGCACCUUCCUGUUACACCAGGGAAUCCAAAGAAGAGUGACAGUGACUAUAGUGCACGAGACAGGGGGUGACAUUAAUUGGAAAGAGGUUCGUGAGCUGGUUGUAGGCCGCAUUCGAAGCACACCAGAAGCAGAUGAGACUAUCAUCGACCCCAACAUCCUGUCCCUUAACAUCCUGUCUGCUGGAUACAUCCAGCCAACUCCAGAUGACAGGCAGUUUCUUGAUUCGGACAUGCCUAGCAUUUCCUUGGGAAUUGAUCCUAGGACAUUCUACCGCUUUGAAGCUGCCUGGGAUUCAUCCAUGCACAACUCACUCUUGUUGAACCGAGUGACUCCAUAUGGGGAGAAAAUCUAUAUGACUUUGUCUGCUUACUUGGAGAUGGAGAACUGCACACAACCUACAGUAAUAACCAAAGACUUCUCCAUGGUGUUUUAUUCCCGAGAUGCGAAGCUUUCAGCCUCACGCUCCAUCAGGAACUUGUUCAGCAGCGGGAGCUUGAGGCCAUCGGAAGGAAACCGAAUCACUGGAGUCUAUGAGCUCAGUCUGUGCCACCUGGCAGACGCAGGCAGCCCAGGGAUGCAGCGGAGGCGCAGGCGGGUGUUAGACACAUCCGUGGCGUAUGUGCGAGGGGAGGAGAAUUUGGCUGGAUGGAGGCCCCGCAGUGACAGCCUCAUCCUGGACCAUCAGUGGGAGCUGGAGAAGCUCAGCCUCCUGCAGGAGGUGGAGAAAACCAGGCACUACCUCCUCCUGAGGGAGAAGCUGGAGUCCACCCUGCUGUUGGGCCAGGAAUUGCCGCUGUCCUGCGUGUGUGAAGAUCUGACUGAGUCCUCCUCCCCCUCCAAACACCUGGGGCAGGGUCAUGACCCUGACGCUGAACCCGGGCAUGAAAUAACCAAUGAGAGGCAGCGCAAGCUUGCCGCCAAGUGUUUGCGUUUGCUUACUCACACCUUCAACAGAGACUACAGUCAUGUGUGUGUGAGUGCCAGUGAGAGCAAACUAAGUGAGAUGUCUGUAACUCUGAUGAGAGAUUCUAUCUCUAUCUCUGACAUCAACACACUCACACCCUCCUCGACUUGUCCCUCACUGGUGGAGGGACGCUACAACAACAACACUGAGCUAAGACCUCCAGCACCUCGCUCCCGUGCUGUGAGCCCCAAUCGAGGCUCUACAUCUGAUGGCGAGGGCAAGAAGUCCCCCAGUGGAGCUCCAGAGUCCAAAUCAAGGACCCAUACAUUUGUCCCUGACAUUCAGGAGAUCCGUGUCAGCCCAAUAGUAUCGAAAAAGGGCUAUCUGCACUUCCUGGAGCCACACACUAACGGCUGGGUGAAGCGCUACGUGGUGGUGCGCCGGCCGUACGUCUACAUCUACAAUUCAGAGAGAGACACAGUGGAGAGAGCCAUCCUCAACCUAUCCUCUGCACAAGUGGAGUAUAGUGAGGACCAGCAGGCCAUGCUGAAGACUCCCUACACAUUUGCUGUGUGCACAGAGCAUCGUGGGAUACUUCUGCAAGCCGGCAAUGACAAAGAGAUGCAUGACUGGCUGUAUGCAUUUAACCCUCUCCUUGCUGGCUCCAUCAGGUCCAAACUCUCCAGAAGAAGAGCAGCACAGAUGAGGCUUUGAGAGGACAAAAACAACAGAGCCCACAAACACAAAAAAAGACUAUCCCUGUAAAUAGAGUCCUCAGUUCAUGUGCCCAGUCCCGUCUCUAACGCUCGUCACAAUCCUCCCUUCCUGUGUGUACCUACACUCAUCUUAUCUAACACUAAGCACCUGUGUACUAAAGGCGCACAAUGCUAUGUGUCUACCAGGACCUGGAUGUUCAACCCAUAAUCCUCCUAUGAAUCUAAGGCCACUAAGUUUUGGAUCAGUGUAGUAGAAGCAUUUGCUUAGCUGCAUUUUAGAUGCUUAUACAAUACCACAUAAAAAAGCUCCAACACUACGCAACAGAAGAAAAACAAGAAUGACACUUCCAGAACAAAUCAAACCCAUUUUACCCAGAUUUGUUAAGAUGAGUAACAAAAAGUAAAAUAGAUUGUCAAUAUAGAGAUGUCUCACUCACAUGACCUUACUGUGUUAAUUCUUUACAGUUGAAUCCGGUCAGUAUUUUAGUCAGCCAAUAACAUCUUUGUUAUCAGCUUAACAUUUCAGCUUCUGAUAUAUGUUAGGGAGGCUGUUAGGGAGAUUUAGCAAGAUUCUUCCCAGUUCAGCCCUAGUGCAGGUUUUGGAUAGUCUCCAAAGAAAUUUAUAUAAGAUAAUAUGAUAUAAAACGGCCAUGCAAUGAGAAACAUCAAACAUCGCUCGUGAAGUUUUCUCAUAUCUGUGUGUAAAAAAACAACAACAAAAAAAAACAACAAUCUAAUGAGAUGGACAGCUGCGUGUGAGUGAAUCUAAAUUGUAUCAUAAUCCAGUUUAACAUUUUCUAAAUGAACUUAUCCCUUAAAGAUCUUAUCUCUGGUUGAUUUACUUUGACGUUUAUAUUAAAAUCUUGUCAAGUUAGAUAUUUAUUUAACAUGCAUUUAUUUAUUUAUUUUGUCGUGUAUUUAUUGACAAUGUUUUGAUGAAGUUGAAUGCAAUUAUCUGCAAAUGGCACUUUCCCCCCUCCCUCCAAUGAGUUUUACUCACCUAUUGCUUAUGUAUCAUGUGAAUCUCCCUCCUCAACCCACAGAAUGUUUUUGGAGGAGAUGGACAGGGAAUAGGAUGUGACGCUGUGAUGGCUGCUACUAUGUGUAGAUCACAUGAAUGUUUCAUUUAUAGGUUGUUAGAAGCGAGAAAGAGCCUUCUUCAAAAUAGCCAGUUGUGAAACAGAGAAAGGAUCAUUACCCAGACCAGUUAAAGACAAAAGUCUGUAUAAUCAUAAACUGCAGGUUUUUAAUGAUGUAUGUUAUAUGAUUUUACAAGUUUCCCAUAUUUCUAUUUUCUCAUUUGCCACUUUCAUUCUUCAGGUUUCCCAAAUCAUGUCAGCCCAUUAAUCCAACCUCUCACCAUGCCCCAAAGUUGAUAUACUGGAGGUUUAGUUUUCAUGCUGUGUUUGAGGUUUCAGCUGCAUACUUAUUAUACCCAAGUCAUUUUGUAAGCAUAUCUUGUGAUCGGUCUGGUAUUAUUAAUUCUUAUAUAUCGGCUUGGUCUGACCAGCUAGCAGCUGCCAAAACACAGGUAGAGCUAGUCAAGCUGGAAGAUCAGGGGCAUUCAACAAAUACAAUCAUUUGUAAAGGUCCACUUACAAAAAAUUCCUUGCUUGGGCCUUGAUAAGCAACUAACAUGACUGAAAGGCAACAAUCAUUUUAGCUAUACAUAAGACUAUUCCAGCAGUUUUGCAUUUGACACAGAGCAAAAAUACAUACACCUUUAAAUAUUCUGUCCUCAUUGCUAACUGUUGUCAGUACACUACUCAGACCAGAGAGGGUAAAUGAAAUGAAAAAUCUAUCAAAUUGUGUGAAUAUUCUCCCCUUCUGAUUUAAUAUCUUUAGUCCUAGCUAAUCUCUGGUCCAAUGAGCUUCCUUCUGCAAAAUAAUUUAGGUGAAUGCGUGUGAUUGUAGAAACUGCAACAGAGGCUCUACUACAGAAGCCAUGCUGGUUCAUAUUCAGAAAACAGCAGUCCCUGAACUACAGCCACAUGUUUUUCUCAGUUCUCAGAUCAGUCCACUGAAAUACCUUGCUGAGUCUGCAUAUGGAUCAGCUGACACCCCCUGUGGUAGACAGUUUGUCAACUGUUACCAGUAGAAAGGAAAUCAUUUCUGAAUUACUGCUAGGAAUUCAACAUCAUAGUCAAACUAUUUUUUUAAAGAAAACUUAAAGACAUUAGGAAAUCUCAAACAUUUAUCGAUUAAGAAUUAAGAAAUAAGGAAGCUGGAAAAUAAUAAUAAAAUAAAAGACGAUGCUCUACUAGUUUGACCAUCUCGUUUGUGUUUUGGCAGCUGUUAAAUGAUUAGACCAAGCUGUAUUUCUCAACAGGGAUGUGAUUUUUUUUCCCACACGGAUGAACAAAUCUGCACAUGGCAUUGGACCUACUGUGUACAGUGUGUUUUGUGAUGUUCACAUGAACCAUCCUUUUUGAAGCAUCAUGCUACCUUAUAUUUCCCACAAACUUACAAAAUAUUGUAGUGGAGACUGCAAGCUUAGAGGCUGCAGUAUGCAUUUUUAAUGGCACUCAUACUGUAGGUUUAAUAACUAAAGUCUCAUUAUUGGUUGAUGUCUGAUGUGACUGUUGGCUUAAUGUUUAAUGAGAAGAGCAAACAACUUGUGUCUGUGUUGUUAGCAAAAUGCCACUGUUUGUGUACGAGUGAAAAUCCACACUGCGCUGCUGAAAGUGCUGAUUAUCAGAAGCUUUGCCAUGGUUAAAAUUUCCAGGAAUGUUACACACCACUGAUUUGCGCUGUUGUGAUUGGUCAUGCUCACCUGCUUUUUUCAUGAACGUUAACCUUUACCUUUCCAAGUUUUUUUAUGCUAUGAAUGCCUGCACAGGCAAAAGUGGUUUUGUUACUAUGACGAUGACUUAGAAUAGAUCCCAGUUAUCCCUGUUUAUUAGGACUAAGCCAGAUGGAUUGCAAUGUGGUAUUCCCCUGAGUUCUCCUUACACAAUAAGGCAGAUGGGAGCAUGUCUGAGGCCAGCCAACCUCCAGAGCAUGCUUAGUAAUGCCAAGACUCAGGCUAUCUGAGAACUAUUAUGGUCUGGAGAAAUGUAUAUUGAAUUGUAAUGGCUAUUAAUUUAUGAAUAUGACUUUAUCUGUUUGCUUAUGUGAAAUUGACCAAUCACUGGAGCCACUUUGGUUAAACUGCAACGCGUUGACUUAUCAUAUCUACUUAUAAUGCUGCUAUAUUUUUCUGCACAGUUCAAUGUACGAAGGCGCUGUUUGUGCUGUUUGCAAUGAGCGUCAUCUGAAUACGUAUGUCUAGUUUUGCAUGGAAAGAUUGUCAAGCUGCCUACAUAUCUAAACCAAACUGUGCUCCAGUGUUCCAGAUUGUGGUUGAAUAUCCUCUGAUCCAUUUCUAAAGCAUUAUGUUUGUGUCUUAACAUAUCUGAAUGAAAAACGAAAUAUCAGUCAUUUUGUUCAGCAGCGCAUGCAUGUGUGCAGUUGUCUUUUGUCUGGGCACCACUUUGAGAAUGUUGUUGAGAGUGUGUUGGAUUAAAUCUAGCACCUUCUAGCCUGCGUCACUGAAUAACGACCAGGCACGACAUUAUAAUUCAUUCACAAUCACAGAGCUUACAUACAGCAGCCUCCGUGAGAAAAACAAAAAACAAAAAAACAAAUAAAUGAUAGGCUCUCUUCAUCAACAGAUUUUUUUGUGUGUGCUUCCAUUUUCAUCAUAUGCACAAACUCCAUUCAGUGACAUUUUUCUAUUUCUCAGUUCUACUUUGCAUUGUAUAUAAACACGAUUGCCGUGAAUGGUGUAAUAUGCAGUUGUAACCCAUUGGUACCAUCUUAAAUGGGCAGUAGUUCAAUGUGUCUUGUGAGUGUUUGCGUUAUGAGUCAAAAUGUUUGCGUAGCCUACACCUUAACACAUUGUCUGAUAUAAAAUAAAUGUGGAACUUAUGCAACACUAAAAAUGGUGUCUAUG